CGGAAGUGAUUAGAAUCAGCUGUCAUGGCUGAAAAGAGGAAUGUUUUGGGACUGCCACUGCUGUUUUUAAUAAUAGCUGUGGCACUCUUGCAUUUAUUCAUUUGUCCGUUCACUAAAGUUGAGGAGAGCUUUAAUUUACAAGCGGCACACGACAUUCUGUAUCACAGACUUAACUUGGACAAGUAUGACCAUCAUGAGUUCCCUGGCGUGGUGCCACGGACUUUCCUGGGCCCCCUGUUCCUCUCCAUGCUCUGCUCCCCUGUUGUGUUUCUGUCCUCUCUGCUGGAUGUGCCCAAAUUCUACACACAGCUGACAGUCCGAGCUUCCCUGGGAGUGUGUGUUAUCGGAGCGCUAUGGCACAUGCAGAGGGAGGUGAGGAGGCAGUUUGGCUCCACAGUCGCUGGGCUCUUCUGUCUGACGUGCGCUUCUCAGUUUCACUUAAUGUUCUACAGCACCAGGACGCUCCCUAAUGUAUUCGCACUGCCAAUAGUUCUGGUUGCAUUCACAUCUUGGAUGUCACAGAAAUAUGGGCGGUUCAUCAGCCUCUCCGCUUUAGUCAUCAUUGUGUUCCGGUCGGAGCUCUGCAUCUUCUUGGGUCUCAUGUUACUGAUAUCACUGCUGAGCAGGAAGCUGGGGCUGCUGCAGCUGCUUUACUAUGCGGCCCCUGCUGGGAUCUUGUCACUGGCUCUGACGGUGGCCAUCGACACCAUCUUUUGGAGGAAGCUGCUGUGGCCUGAAGGUCAGGUUUUGUGGUACAACACCAUUCUCAACAAAAGUUCCAACUGGGGAACCUCUCCCUUUCUGUGGUACUUUUACUCUGCUGUGCCCCGCGCUCUGGGCUGCACGCUGCUCUUUGUCCCGCUCGGCCUCCUCGACAGGCGGAUGAGGCUGCUGCUGCUGCCCACCGUGGGCUUCAUCCUCAUCUACUCGCUGCUGCCCCACAAGGAGAUGCGCUUCAUCAUAUACACUUUCCCUGUGCUCAGCUUGGUGGCUGCCCGAGGCUGUUCUUUCAUUUUGUGCAACUACCAGAAAUCCUGGAUGUAUAAACUGGGCUCUGCGGUUGUGGUCGGCCAGCUGUUGACCAAUGCAGCAUACUCCAGCAUUUGUCUCUAUGUUUCCCACCACAACUACCCAGGGGGAAGAGGAAUGCAGGAACUACACAGACUGCUGCCAGUCACAGCAGAUGUCUUUGUUCAUAUUGACACUUACACUGCUGAAACUGGAGUUUCUCGCUUCUUGGAGCAGAACAGAAACUGGAGAUAUGACAAACGUGAGGACCUGAACCUCAAAAAUCCUGAGAUCAAAAUGUACUCGCACCUACUGAUGGAGGCUAAUGCCACCAAGAUACAGCUGCUCCAGCACACUCAUCAACCUCUGGUCUUCAUAGAAGGUUACAGCAGCAUCGCCUUUAACAUGUUUCACUUCCCUCCCGUCAGUGUACGACUGGAGAGAAAAACUGUGCUGAUGGAGAGAAAGACUCCCACUGAGCUACAAAAUGAGUGACUUAACAGGAAUGAUGUGUUGGAUUAAGGAGUCAUGAUUUCUUAGUGACCAAAAUCGGACCAAUGGUGACCGAAACGAGUGUUCUUAAAUGUUCUAAUGGGGAAGAUUGGAAUUAUAAGGGUAUGUUUUCCAGGUAUGAAAAGAAUAACAUGUGCAUCAUAUGUCACAUUCACAAACUGACGUGCUGCCCGAGUAGAUAAAUAUAUUGCAUUGAACUGUUUUGCAAUAUUGAAAAUUGAAAAUAGUUCUCUAUUCUUCAUGCUGAUGUAUAAUGCAUUGCAGUUCCCAUGUAUAGCAAGGAAAAAAUAAAAUGUGUUCUUACACACAAGGACACUUUAAUCUUAGACAGCUUUGUAUUUUUUAACUCAGGUUGUGAUUUUUAUAUUUUUAAGAUGAAUAAAGCUGAAACUGAGUGGGGGAAUAAACCGA